AGACUAAUGGCCUUCUUUCAUUGUUACGUUACUUCACGUACUCUGUGUUUGUUUACAUUUUUUCCUUUCAAAUUUAAAAUGUAAAGUUCACAUUCUGCUAAUGUUACUUGAGGAUAUAUGCGAAUAACUGCGGCCACUUCGUGCGCUGCAGCCAGAGGAGGUGUGCUUAUUAUGUCUGACUGGGAACAUUCUUUACUAAGUCGGGAAAAGCUGGAUCGGUCUUCGCCAGAACUUUGGCCCGAAGCUAUUCCGGGGGUCACGGAGUAUGCGGCCCGGCAUUCAUUAACAAUAAAUAACGUUCCAAAAGAAAUAGAAGAAAUACAUUAUUUCGAUGAAGAAGACUACAAAUUGAUAGAACACUAUUCAACGAUUUCCAAAGAAGCUCUCAUACAGCAAGUGAGAAUGUUGCAUGACCUGACGUACAAACUAGGACUAGAAGAAUCAAAAGAAAUGACAAGGGGCAGGUUUCUGGCGAUACUUCCAACCAAGCCUCCUGGGAGGCGGAAAUGAAUUGUUUGUCUUAUAUCUAAGUGCAAUAAUAUAUUUUUUAAAUAAAUGAAUAAAUGAUAUUUUAUAUAAUUUAAUAUGUUUAUGUAUAUAAUAGGUAAAUUGAUUAAAUUGUGAAAUUGUGCUUGUGCAACCAUUAAUUAUUUUUUUGUUAAUUUCUAUUGAACAUAUUUUGACUUUAUCUAGCUUUGUAUCUAUUGUUUGAAAUUGCAUGUGUUGCGUCCUAUUGUGGGCAUUUUUAUAUCCUACAAUUAUUUUUACCUACUAACCUCAAGAUUUUAUGAUUAAAAAGAAAACAUAUUUUUUUAAUGUAAA